AUGGAACAGCUCCUUGAGCCUUGUGAGCGUAUUUGUCUUGUGUGCAAGACGCAACGCUUGUUUAGGUUAUCAAAGUACGGCUGUGUAUUUGCGUGCCAAUGUGGAUCACCGAUAGAUUUUCAAAAGGUUUUGAAGUUAUUUAUUAGCCAACUGCAGAUGGGGCUUCAUGAUAUUUCAUUUGUUCCUAUAAUUGAAGGUAUUUCUACUAAAGGGACUCUUGAUUUAAAGAUUACUGUGAUUGAGUUGGAGUGUUUGCAUAGAUUGGCUUCAUUAACUUUUUACAACUUUACAAACAGUGAUAUAGAAAAUGUUCUUACAUCAUUCUCUUUAUCACUGAGGACACAGAUGCUUAAAAAUACGAAUAAUCGCUUCUCGGUUCCAUUGGAGCUUCUCAGUUUCCUUAUUGAUGAACUUCAGGCAAUUUCGUGUUACCCGUUUGGAAAGUAUCUAAUUAGCCAACCUUCCAGAGAGCUUGUGAGCAUUAUGAACAGUUCUCCAAAAGAAUUACCUGACUAUUCCCUCCCUGUAGAUUUGCAGGCAGUGCUACAUAAGCAUCAAAUUGAGGGUUUGGAGCAGAUUCUUCGUUUUGGAGGGCGAGCGCUGCUGGCAGAUGAAAUGGGUGUAGGAAAGACCUUAGAAGCGCUUGCAGCUGUUUCUGUGUUAAAUGCGUUUCCAUUGCUGCUUGUGACUCCAUCCGCAUUAAAGGUUAUGUGGGCUGAGGAAAUUGAAAAGUACUUGCAUUCUCAAGUUCAGGUUAGCGAUAUUCAUAUUAUCAAAGGAUCAAACGAUGCAUUGGGCAGUGGUCAGAUCCCAAAGGUGGUGAUUGUUAGUUAUCACAUGGUUGCAGUACUAGGGGAGCGACUAGUCCAAAGAAACUGGAAGUGUCUUGUCUGUGACGAAAGCCACUUUCUUCUUACGAAUACUAAUAAUUCCGACGCUCAUUAUACUCGUCUCUUAGUGGAUCUUGGGAAACAAGUUCCCUAUUGUAUUCUUCUGAGUGGCACUCCUGCUUUGGGAACCCCUUUUACAAUGUAUAAUCAACUUGACAUGCUACUGCCUGGUGCCUUUGGAAAAACCCGAUGGCAUUUUGCAUUACAAUUCUGUCAUAUGCGCUUUGAUCCCUUCGUGCAAAUAUUAGAGUGCGUACGGCCGAUCGAGUGCACCAGCUUUCUACGGGCUAAAUGUAUGAUACGCCGCCUCAAACGUGACGUGCUUGAACUUCCACCUAAAAAGCGUAUCAUUCUUCGCGUAACAAGUACACUGAUGCCGAACGAGAAGAAUAUUUUCCAGGAGCAAUACUCUUUGUGCUGGAAAAGAAAACGUAAGGGUAUUUUUGAGACCAUCGAGUACUGUUGUCAAAAAUAUGAAACGCUUGUCCUCUUUGCACAUCAUUUAGCACUCAUCGAUACUUUGGCAUCAUUUCUUGAUGACAGGCGAAUUUCCUUCAUUCGAAUCGAUGGUCGCGUAGGACCAGAGCAGAGGGGUGACCUACUUGCAGAAUUCGAGGAUAGAAAAGUGAAGGUUGCUGUGAUUGGCAUUACUGCAUGCGCCACCGGCAUCUCUUUGGCCUCAGCCCAAUGUGCUAUUUUUUGUGAGCUCCCACCAGAUGCGUCGUGGAUGAUUCAAGCGGAGGAUCGCCUCCAUCGCCAUGGCCAAGAGCAAGAAGUAAGCAUUUAUUAUAUUUUGGGUGUUCAUUCUGAAUUCGACAUGACCCACUUUUCCCGUAUCCUUGAAAACUACCAACGAGUACGUAAAUUAGUAGAUGAUGAAAGUGAGCCAUUUUCCAUAUAUCACACAUCGCGAAUGGAUUCGUCUCUACCGCACGUUGCACUCGCAGACGCUAAUGGUGCGAAUAUAAGCUGUGGUACGACUCCAUCAGUGACAACAAACCAGCCACUGCUUUUUCUUAUCAGCAAAAACACGGGGCGCAUUCACGUCAAAAACUCCUUUGGUGACUCUUUUUAUAUGACGCUCUCAAUGGAGGAAGCAACAGCAUGCGUUCGGAAUCGAAGCCAUCCAAUUUGGGGCCAACUAGAUCACUUCCUUCUGUCAUUAGACAAACACUCCCUGUUUUAUAAGCGGCAGAUGAUAAAUAAUGCAGUGUGGUGUUUUAGUGACUUUAAAUUUAGGAGCUCAGUGCCUCCAACGGGAGCAGUGACUCGCUAUCUUUCUUCGUUGAGGGUCGGGUGGGGCUUUUGGUGGCAGGUAAAACGGCAAGGCUUUCUUAAACACUCUUAUUAUUUUUCAAAUUUAAAGCUUCUGGGCUCGUUUUAUACGCCCUUGUGUCUAGAUUGCUUUAGUCUCUUGAAUAUCCUAGGUAACUUCUUUCCAGGCUUGGUUAUUGAGCUGGAAAUGGACGUGGCAAUGUUCUGUAACGGAAAGUGCAGGGAGUCAUUUUUCAUGAAGCGUUCCGUAGGGUCGAUUCGACGGAGUGUUUCCACUGUAGACCGUGGCAAGUGUACAAAUUGCCAGGUAAACUGCGAGCUACUCUGUACUUUAAUGGCCAACGCUCAACGCAUCGAUGAGAGAGAGGAGAUUCUUCAGAAACAUCAUCCACAGUUUGCUCUUUUUCCGCGCUUGUAUCGUAACUUUGUGAAGAAUCCUACCCCAGGCAAUUGCUGGCACGCUGAUCAUAUUAUUCCAGUUGCUCACGGUGGAGGCCAAUCAACAUUGGAUAACAUCCAAACAUUGUGUGUGAUCUGUCAUGCGUUGAAGACUAGUGAAGAUAUGAAGGCUCGCCCUUCGCAAAUCCCACCGCUUAAAACACAGGCGACCGACACUACAGUAUCCAUUGCCCUGGAGCAUCUGAACCGUAUUGGGAUGGGAAGGGCCUCUAGCAGGCGCUACCGUUGA